AGUGCUGUGCGGUUGACUGGGGACGUGCAAGUCCUUGCACCGUCAGACACUUUUAAGAAUAAAAGACUUUUUAUUUUUUAAAUCGCGCACUGGCCACUAAUAGAGGUUUGUCUGUGAAAAUUUAAAUAAUUAAAAAGAAAAUAACAAAACUACGCGCGCGAAUAUGAGCUUCUGUUUUUGUUGUAUUUUAUUAUAUUAGGUAGUGAAAAUGUUUUAUCAUGUGAAAGUUGAUUGUUAAGUGAAGUAUAAAUUGGAUGAAAUCAAGUUAUAUUAUUUUGUAUAAAUGAACCCAAUCGAGCAAGAUGUCGCUGCUUGGAAGAGGAUUAAAAUCGAUAAUACUUUUUAUUUUGCUUCGAACAGCUGAUGUUCGAUGCAGCUUGCCCGUCGAUUUAGCUUCUGAGGAAAAAGUACUCCCUCUCACCACUCUAGCCCUGACUUCCACAUCUUCCGUCGCCACAACCGUCAAUGUAUCAACGACUUACGCCACAGUGAUACCACCUAUCCCUCCCAGUGACAGAGAUAGAUUCCUGACCUUCGCAGAAUCAGGCCACCACCGCACUUUCAUGUUUGCUAAGGAUAACACCUUUAUUCAGCUGGACGGAAAUAUUAUACAAAGGUUUCAAUUGAGGCUAUGUCGAGAAAUAUCCUUCAAAUUUCGCACAAGACUGCCCCAUGGACUGCUUGUUUAUCAUAAUGUUAAGAAUCCUGUCUUCAAAAUGCAGCCCUAUGCUUUAUACGUUAUUGUCGAGAAAGGUGAACUUAAAGUCGUCCAUGUAUUCGGGAAGCACUUAACAUCGGUAACAGUUGGUCGAGCUCUUAACCGCGAUCAAUGGCACAAUGUGGUGGUAACUAUAGAUGUUCACGGAGCGAGGCUGAUCGCAAAGGUUGAUCAGCUCAAGGAGGAGGUGUAUCUGAAGGGCCUCAGUUUUGAUACAAAUUAUGGAAUCACUGACAAUCUAACUUCAGUCAUACUAAUAGGAGGACUAAGUUCAGAAGAAAAACUUCACGGAGUUAAAUACAUAAUAGAAUCGUUUGUUGGCUGCAUCAGCGACAUGGUCCUCAGUUCAGGCAAGGCCGCUUCGGACCUUCUGCCUAUAGUACCCCUCAUUGCUACUAAACACGAAAACGUUAAAGAAGGAUGCAUAGACAAAUGUAGGACGAUGGAGAACUUAUGUUUUGAAGGAUCGAGGUGUAUCAAUGAAUACAACGGCUAUAGAUGCGAUUGUUUUGGCACAUUGUAUGAGGAGCAACUCUGCGAUGUUUACACGGCGACGGUGCUCACACUACGAGGCUCCAGUUAUGUCUCUUAUCGCAUUUACGACUGGAAAGACAGAGUCCACUCGACUAACACUCGAGUCAGCCUACAUUUUAAGACCCGGUUUGAUGACUCAGCGCUGUUUUAUGCCAGCGGUCAAAUUGAUGACAAAUAUCACUACAUUGCUCUUUCUAUACACCAAGAGAAGGUCGCUAUACAAAUAAACCUCGGCAAUGGUCCUAUUGACGACUACAUCGGCUAUAAAGUCAAUAACAACCAAUGGCAUAAUCUCACUGUUAUAUUACAAGAAAAGAAUGUCUUUGUAUAUCUUGACGAUGUUAUAGAAGUCUAUGAAGUCCCUGGAGAUGCUAAAUACGUUUGUAUAGAUCCCGAAAUUUACAUAUGUGGAGGUCCAGAUUUGCAUAAAAUGAAAGGAUUAAGGUCUUUCAACAAUUUUGCUGGGAAUUUGAAAUAUGUAUAUUACAAUGAUGUGUCUAUUCUAUAUGAACUGAAACAGAAUAACACCAAAGUGCAUUAUAUAGGCGUAUUGGACCCAGAAUUCAAAGAAAUUGAUAUAGAAGUGAUUCCAAUAACAUACCCGUUUGCGACUUCCCAUAUUUGGUGGCCAUUGAAUCAGAGUAACAGCAUAAACUUGAUAUUUGACUUCAAGACGAGUAAGAAUAUGGCGGUGCUGGCUUAUAGCCAGAUCACCUCUGGCCAAGGGUAUUGGGAGGUAAGGAUGGUAAAAGAAGAAAUAAGAUUUGAAUUAGUACCAGACGUAGGCAAGAACGUUACAGUACUCAAAUCAGUGAAAUUUAAUGUAAGCAACGAUUGGCAUACAGUGGAGUUGGACUAUCGGAAAGGAAGAAUCAAGUUGACCGUGGAUCAUCAUAACAAACAUGCCCAGAUGUUUGGCUUGGAUUUUCAACUGCAAGACAAAAUAGUGAUCGGCAGCGGACUGAAAUCAGCUAAUCUUGGACUGAUUGGUUGCAUGAGGAACAUCAAAAUUGACGGACUUCUCAUCGAACCGAGACACGUCAUAAAUACUGAACGCGUAGUAGGAGAGGUGGCUAUAGACGAUUGUAGAUACGUAGACCCUUGCACCAGACCCAACACUUGUGAACAUGGAGGCAUCUGCUCUAUCAGAGAAGAUAGAGUUAUAUGCAACUGUGAUAAUACAGGAUACAUAGGCGAGAACUGUCACUUUGCCACAUUCAGGAAGACCUGUGAAGAGCUGGCCCUUCUGGGGUACACCAGGAAUGACGUUUACCUCAUAGAUAUUGAUGGGAAUGGAAAGUUCCCACCAGCGCAUGUCAAAUGCGAAUUCCAGAUCGAAGCAGAUUCGUCAACUACGGUGGUUGAGCAUAACCUGCCGAGCCAGGUGGACGUGCGUUCAGCCUUGGGCCAAGAUUUCAGCUUCAAGAUAAAGUACAGGGAGUUCACGGCAGAGAUGCUACAGGAGCUGAUCUCUCAUUCUUUGUACUGCCGUCAGUACAUCAAGUACGACUGCAACAUGGCUCCUCUGGAACUACACAGCGCUACAUGGUUCAUAUCGUCUUCCAAUGACACCGUUGAUUUCUUGGGCAAUGUCAAGAGAGGUUACUGCCCCUGCGGAGUCAACGCGACUUGCGUGAAUCCCACCCAAUCCUGCAACUGUGAUGCUAAUGAAAGCAAGUGGCAUUCGGAUGAAGGCACCUUCGUGGACCCCAAAAGUUUAGGCAUCACUGAGAUGUUCUUCCUCCAGCAGAAGGAUUUGACUGAAGAGGCUCAAGGCAGAAUCACCUUGGGAUCUUUAGAGUGUGUUGAGACCAACACGCAACGCUAUGUGGUGACUUUCACUACAUCUCAAUCUUACAUCGAGGUCCCUGGGUGGAGGAAAGGCGACAUUGCCUUCAGUUUCAGGACCACUGGAACCAGCGCCAUCUUAUUAUUCCAGCCACCGAUCAGACCUAACUACCCUUCUUUUAUGGUUGCCCUCACAAGUGAGCACGAACUUACAUUCAACUUUACACUAAACACUGGAACCACCCGAAAGCUGGUAAUCAACUCCAAAAGAAAGCUGAACGGAGGCGAAUGGCACAAGAUAUGGAUCGACUACAAUUUCUAUCACGUCAGGUUCAUGCUUAACACAGAAUAUCAGAUGCUGAAUCUGCUAUUGGAAGAAGAAUUUGGGCCCUUUGAAGGAUCUAUGUUCAUUGGAGGCGCUACUGCGGAACACUUAAAAAAAUCCGCUGUAAACCAAGGUCUAAUAGGCUGUUUCCGAGGUUUAGUUGUAAAUGGAGAGGUCUUGGACAUAUACAGCUACAUGUCCGUCCAUCUGUCGGAAAUAAUAAAGGAUUGCAAACCCUCGUGCGUGCCAAAUCCGUGCCAGAAUAAAGCUAUCUGCAAAGAACUUUGGUCUUCUUACGAAUGUAUUUGUAAGAAUCAGUGGGCACAUUUGGGAAAACAUUGUGAGGAAAAUAUUAAUGAGAAAGCAUUGACAUUCCAAACGAAAGAAGCCUAUCUGAAGAAGAAUUAUUUAGUGGACAAUGAAACGGACGCAGAAAAAGACAGGUUGAAGAAAAUGAUGACAGAAAACGUUCUGAUGAACUUAAGGACUUAUGACGAUAACUCUUUAGUUCUUUAUGCUAAUGAUAAUCUGAAUAACUUCAUACAUUUAUUCAUAUACAAUGGAACAGAGAUUAUUUAUCUUUUUAAUCACGAAGAUGAAAUAAUACAGAUAAACGUCACAUACGAGAAAAUAAAUAAAGGAGGUAGUGUGCAAAUUGCGAUUAUACGGACAGAAAAUAGUACAACUUUACAUGUGAAUGAUAAAAAUACUACUGUGUAUACUGUUGCUAAGCUUUUAACAAAUUACACAAAUAAACCUUGGAUAAAUCCAGAUUUGGAAGUUAUCCGUCCACAAAGGCCUCCUGCGCCACCAACAGACUACUUUCAAAUGAACCUGGGAGGUUACGACCAAUACUCUCUACAUUUAGCUCCGAGGGCCAACCAUUUGCCUCAGGGAGGAUAUGUAGGGUGUGUGAGAGGGUUCAAAAUUGCCGACCAUGUCGUGGAUCUGUCGAUGAAGGCGCAGAAAGAUAUUGAUCAUGAUCUCACAGGAGUGCUAUCAGAAUGCAACAUGAAGUGCGACAGUGAGCCGUGUAAGAAUGGCGGCGUCUGCACUGAAGACUUCACGAACCAGGAGAGCAGUUGUGAUUGCGAACUCACUAGUUACUUUGGAGAGUAUUGCAUGGAAGAGAAAGGAGCGGAUUUUAAUGGGGAAAGCAUUUUGCAGAGGAAAUUCGUUCUGCCUGAGAAUAUCAAUAGCGUUAAAAUCACGUUAGCAUUCUCCAGCAAUGAUCUGCGUCAGAAAAAUACAGUUCUUCUGUUGGUGCAAACAGAGAACAGACGUAGCUUUUAUUUACUAGUAGCCAUAACACAAGACGGAUAUCUCAAAUUCGAAGAAGACCGAGAAGGCUCCGCUUAUGGUGCCGAAGUCAAGAACAGGAAUUUUCUAAACGGGGCAAGACACACAGUCUAUUACACAAGAAUAGGCUCAGACGCUACAUUACUAAUAGACAGGAUAGAGAUACCUUUAGAGAAAUUGGCCCCACAGGAUCUUUGGGAAGUGUUGGAUGUGGGGUCCAAUGAGGUCCAAAUAGGGGGGCUCAAUACGACGGAUCCACGGCUGAAAAUCUAUAAAGGUUAUAACGGGUGUCUUUCUAAUAUCCUAGUAAAAGUGAACGAUGACGUCAUGAAGCCUCUAGAAGAGUACAUGUUGUUCACUCGAUCGGACUCUGAGAAGGUGAACGCGGUGAACGCUCAGGGGGUCCGCAGUGCACAAUGCUCGGCCGAUUUCGAUGAGGCUUGGCCUGAAAGAGAUCAAUUAGGCGCUACGCAUAAUGGGAGUUUCCUCAUCAGUGUAGACAAAACCUGGGUAGAAGACCCUCCGUCCAGGACCCCGUACGACUCACUGUACCAACAGCCUGACGCUGAAGAAGAAAACACCGACAAAUUCUUCAUUGCUCUGAUCGUCAUAUUCUUGUUGGGUCUUUGUUACUGUGGAUCACAUAUGUGGCGAACUCACAAAGCACACAAGUUACGUCUGGAGAAAGAAACAGAUGAAACUAUAAUGAGGAGCAAAGAGAAGGCGUCCAAACUUCAAGAGGACUCUAUUGGUUUCUUACAACUCAACAAAGAUGGCGAAGAAAGCAACGCCAACGGUGAAAAGAAAUCAAUCGGUGUCUCUAUAGAUGUCGUUCCUACUGUUAUCGUCGAAGUUAACAACGAAGAGAAGCCAAGGAAAGGUUCUCUGAGGUUUAAAGAUCUCCUAGAGAAGGACCGUGGUUUCGAACCCUUGGAAGAAAGAGAUGAAAAUUCCGAAAACGAAGUACACUCUCAAACCAGUGAUGCUAUCGAGGAAGAAGUUGAAUAUGAAUCUGACUCCAGCAAUGAAGAAGAGAAUGAACAUGAACAAAUUCCACCCCAUAGAACCGCGAGGGACACAAAAGGACCACCAACCUCAACUUUAACUACCCAGUUACCCUACAAAAUAGACGAAGAUGGAUCAAAUGAACUUUUAACCCUUACUGCCUAGGUUCUACGAAAAAAUGUUUUAGUAAAGUUUUUUAUCAACAUUUGUCAGUAAAUCAAAAAUUAGAUGUUUA